AUGUUGGUAACAAUGAACAAUGAGGGGAAACUAAUAAGAAAAGCAAGAAUAAUCAGGCUGAAAGUUGCCAAAACUUUUUGCUAUGAGGUAUCAAGUUUUUUUUUUGUUGAGUUGAGGUAGGGGGGUUUACCCAUCCAUCCAUUUUACCCCCCUCUCCUCUUCUCUAACCUCCCUCCUUGCCUUGGCUAGUCUCCAUGUGCCGGGCUCAGGGCCUUGGGAAUGAAUGGUGCCCCAGCUCUGCUCCGUCUUUGAAGCUAGCCAGGAAUGCGAGGCCUCUUUUUAUUUUUUUAUUUUUUUGCCCCCCUCUCUCUCCCUGUUGUUCAGGCAGCCGGCUGCACUAGCGGCUAUCUGCAGCAGUGAAAUAUUCCCUCCGCUGCGCUCAUUGUGCAUCGAAGAGCCGGACGUCAUCGGCUGGCCAAUCAAUGGCUCCCACUAGGCAGCCCCAAGUCCCGGUGGGGGAAGGUGGGACCCUCUAAAAAAUCUUCGCUCUUAUUUCUGGCUCUCCUGGUUACUUGGUCUGGUCAGUCAAGAGGUAUCUUUAUCAAAGAGAAACACGGGGAGGCUUCCUUUUUUUAAUUCUAGAUGGGAAUCAGGAAAGCUAGUGGCAUAAACUAUAAGACUGGGGCUAAAGGUGUUGAAGAAGCUCUAAAGACGGCAGGAAAAUGACCUAAUCUGUGGCAAGUGCAACAGGCAAAUGUGCUGGUGGUAUCUUCAUCAGUUUUGCCCACAAAGACCACACAUGCGUUGGCCUGUGUACACACCUACGGUAUUCAAAGACCUUACCCUUCCCUUCCUUACAUUUGCCCCAUUCCUUCAUGGAUUCCUACAGCUUGCACUUUGAGAGAAUGAGCAACGUGGACUUGCAUCCUCUGAGCCUGCCUGUCACCCGGCUUUCCCCAGCCAAGUCCAACAGCAGCAUCAUCGAGCAACUUGCCCACCACCAACACGGCAAAGGAGACUCCGCUUACAGCUCCUUCUCUGGUGGGUCUACUGCCCCAGACUACCCCUCUCCAUUCCUCCCCGAUGAGCUGCACUCCAGCUCCUUCAGCCACUAUGCUGAUCUUGGGUGCGUGAAGUCCUUCUACCGGCCAGCCCAGAUUCUUCACUCUGAGUCAAAGACCAUGGACCAGCUCUAUCGUUCCGUUGAGGCAAUUUCACAGCAAUAUCACAAUAGCACUAAUAUAAACCAUCAAAGUGACAACAGCAACAACAACCUUCACAGCAACAACAAAGCACUAUCUACACAACAGACUCAUUCCAGAAAUCCAUCUCAAGGUGGCCACCCUCAUGCUGACCCCCCUCCAAUCCCAACACGCCUUGACAGCUACAUAGCCACAAAAAAUCUGGAGAACACCAGGGUACACCACAGUACUGAGCUUCAACCUCAGCAACCAAAACCUCAACAGAACUCCAGAUCACAUUCUCUUCCCCGUGGCCUUCCUCCCAAAGUCGAAACAUCUAACCAAGAGAAUAACAGCCCAAGCUUCAACUGUGACCCAGUCUGGAGAGCUCUGAAACAGCAACAGCCACAGGCCCAGCAUCCACCAAGUCACCGGAGCCAUCUUCAGCACUUUGAAGAGACCAGGAUGACACCAGAGGACCUUUUCAUCACUGAAAGCAAGGCUGCCACCGAGCAACAGAGACUAGGAAACAUUCUAAGUAGAUCACCUCCCUGCAACAAUAACCAGCCAAACCACUUAACACCCAGGCAGUCUUUGAGUAGUGAUGGUUAUAAUAGUGAAAACCACAACAAACCCAGUGGCUAUUCUGGAAGGCAUCGUAGAAGAGCACAUUCAGCUCAAGAUCAGCCAGUGUUGGACCCGACUCGACCUGCCAGCACCUGGAGUGCCGGUCAGAAUUUGAUCAGUAGCAGCAUUCAACACAAGGGACAGUUCUACUUUGUUACAGGAGUGUGCAAAAUGUCUGAAUCUGGUCUAAGGAUGCAUUCUGCUUCAACAAGUGGGGCUGAAGCUGGAAGGGACAUUUCUGUUUUGUUAGAGAGAUGUCAGCACAGAGACAAAGAGAGAUCUCACAGCACACUGGAUAACAUGUUUAGACCUUUCCAAGACAGUUCCUGCUCUUCCAUUCCAGAGAAAAGAGAGGCUUUUACACCUGGAUCCAGGAAAAAAGAUCUGACCUCCAAGAGCCUGGACCAGGACAAUCCAAGACAAACUCAUCUGAGUCAGUCCCCGCCAAGUUUUGACAGUUUGGAGGAUACUGACGUCAUUCACAGUCAAGAGAUUGGUCGCCACACUUUGGACAGUCCAAUUUUCUAUUGUGGGCCUGACAGGAAGUGUCCACCACUUUCAGCAGCUCCACAAAAAGAGUUCUCCACACUUUUUAGCAUUGACAAACCCAACCACAACAACAGAGAAGAUCCUGCAAGGAAGGAGAGAGGGCAAACGCUCGGUGACGCCGUCAGUGAGAAAAUAAACAAAGACACAACCCCUCUCCUGUACCAUCUCACUGGAGCAAACCUUUCUGUGCUACAAGCUAGAAAUGAACCUGACUUUAGCAUGAAAGACCAUGGAGAUGUUAGAGUAAAUGAUGGGAGACCUCCACAACAUGAUGCUGUCAUGACAGACAGAGGAGGAGUUUCUUCCGUUGCCUGCAACACUCUAGAUGAUUCCUUCAAAAAGUAUUACAAAGAGAAGCUUAAGGACGCUCAGUGUAAAGUCCUGAGGGAGACGUCGUUUACAAGGAGGGACCUACAGCUGUCUUUACCAAACCAGACCAGGCAAAAACCUGAACUGAGACCCGCAACUAUUCACUCAUUCUCCUCAUCACAGGACUCUGAGACUUCCACCGACACACUCACUCCUUCUGUGACUUCUGAUGAGACGGAGAGGGGCAGCAUCAAGGAAAUAUCAAGUGAGAAUCUAAAAAUGACGGAGAGAGACUUUGAAAAAGCUAAUGGGAGGCCAACACACGUGGCCCAGCCUCAGGUGGCUCGGAUUGGGGGUCGAAAGAGGCUCACACCAGAGCAGAAGAAGAUGUGCUACUCUGAACCAGAGAAACUCAACCAACUUGAAGGGGCACCCAAACACGCCGUUUGCCGUUCUUUUGGUAACGAAAGUGACAGUCCUUUUACCCCUGAAUAUGAGGAAGAGGAGCGUGUGCACCAAGGAGACCGGGGACUGGUUGCAUUACGCAGAAAGAUGUUUGAGCCUAGAGGUCGAGCCAUGUCAGCCUCAGGCGCCUCACAAACUAACCUCAAGCAUUUUAGGCAUAAGGCUCUGGUGGAGUACAUGGAGCGUAAGACGGGCUACAUAAUAACUGAGCCUCAGCAGCCUGUGGCUCAGUUACCUCCCCAACCAAGACAAAGGCACUCCCUGGGAGAAAAACCAUCUGACUGGGCUAUUCGGUCUACAUCCGAAAACCACGAAAGUAAAAAUUCAAAGAAGAAGCACAGACCCCAUUCUGCUGGCCGCAUUCUGGACUGCCCUCAAAGCUCCAUGAGAUAUGCCCAGUUCUUACCAGCACAGUCUUGUUCAGGCCAAUAUGCUGGCAGGCAAAAUCCAUCCAGGCAGAGGCAGAGUCGAGGUCCAGCUCAGGCAAAGUCUGCUUCAGCAGAGAGCCUCUUGGACCAGCAAGAAUCAGCUGGUUUUGGCAGGAACAGAUCCACAUCCACACCACAUGCAUUCCAGGUACACGACUAUGCAGAGGAUCCUCUACCGGUUGGCUCCAUGGAAACCAGGAGUUCCCAGAAGAAUGCAGCUGAAGAGUCCCCGGUAAAGCCACUUUCUGAGGGCCCGCUGCCGGUUCGUGUGGUGGCUCAGAGAGGAAAGUCCAUGGAAGAGCUCGGAACGUCAAAGAUAACUGAGCUGUGUGCCAUGAGUAAAAGCUCUGAGCAUCUCGAUCAGCUACGGAGGAGUUCGAAUGGGCCUGGAGGACCAGGAAGAGACGAGGCCAUGGCUUCACACUGUGGGCAUGGAAAAGAAGCCCAGUGGCAGGAAAGAGGAAGGAGUCAAGCAGGGAAGGAGCCAGAGUUUGUUUGUCAGAAGAACUCUCAGGAACAGAUCCAAAACCAAACCCAGAAGAAACCUCUGUCACAGCAGAGCUCUGUGGAGGAUUCAUUAGCUGAGGAGAAAAGCUCCAGCAGGUCCAACACCCCGCCCUCCACCUCCUCUUCCCAUGUCAGAGCUCACUCUGCAUGUCUGGGACCUCAUGGACCUGUCUCUGACGGUCUCAGGUCAGGUAAAGAAUCCAUCCUUCCCUUCAGAGGCCUAGAUAGUGAGAUGCAGAUAAAAUCCACCGUGUCGCAGACUGAUCCUUCUGAAAACCCGUCUUGCUCCAGUAAAGAGAAGACAACUUCAGGGUUGAGCAGGCCAGAGAAGGAGCAGAAUGUCGAUGAAGGCAGCAGUGACACCCCGCCACCUGAGUCAAACCAUGAAGUGCCCCUGAGCUGCGGCGUCACCACAGAUCCUUCACUGUGGAUUCUCCCUCCAAACGAAGAAUCCACAGAGGAAGUCCAGACGCCGCUGGAGGACAGCGUUUUUGACGAGUUUCCCAGCUCAGACCCCAUGAAGCAGACAAGUGAAACCUCUGUGCCUGUCUGCUCGCCUGUCUCUGAUGCAGACCUCAGUCAGCAGGCGGAGGAGCAGAAGCAUCCGGAGAUGGAAGAGAAGAUGGAGGAGAGGGGAACACCAGAGGAAGAGACAGAGGGCCCAGAAAAACCCAAUGAGAAACCACAGUGGCAGGAGCUUGUGGAGGCAGUGGUCAAAGCUGACCAGUCACUGGCUAGAGUGCUCUACCCUCUGGCCAAUCGGAAGACAGCCCUGAUGCUGAUGGAGCAGGUGAUGUCAGAAGACACGCUGCUGAUGGAAGAGCACUACAAGAGGAAGCAGGAGCAGAGAGGAACUGCAGAAAGCACUGAAGUGGUUGAAGGACUUGAAAAGUCUCCUUCCGCUUCUGCUUCUGACAUUCAGGAAUCUCCGCCUGCAGACCUUCUAUGGAACAAUAAAAUCAUUCAAAUGAAGCAUCUGCUGGUCUCUUACAUCGAGGAGCAUCUGCGCUCGCUAGAGGAGUGCCGCUGCGCCCUCCAGUUGGAGGUCCAGGAGAACGCAGCACACGGGAAGGCGCUGGAGGUGCUGGUGCAAGAGCACUGUCUGCCAGUGGAGCUAGAGAGGUAUAACCUCUUCAUAGGAGACCUGGAGAGGGUGAUGAACCUGCUGCUGUGCCUCUCUGCCCGCCUGGCUCGAGUCCAGAACGCCCUGAGCAACGUGGACGAGAACACUGAUGCAGAAGAAAAGGAAUGUCUGGACAGCCGCCACCGUCUGCUGUGCAAACAGAGGGAUGACGCCAAAGACCUGAAGGAUAACCUGGACCGCAGAGAGAACCUGGUCUCCACCUUCCUGUCCCGGCAGCUGUCGGAGGAGCAGGUGCUGGACUACAGACGCUUCGUGCAGACCAAGGCUUCGCUUCUGAUCCGCCAGAAAGACUUGGAGGAGAAGCAAAGGCUGGGCGAGGAGCAGCUGGAGGCCCUCUCUAACAGCCUGAAGCUGUGAGGGUCGGACGGACACAAGCUUUGGUUGUACUUGAACUGAGGACGGACGGCUUAGUCUAGAAGACGUGUUCAGCUCUGCUUUCCAGGCCCCGUUCGUCCUACAAAAUGUUUGAAAGAACUUCAACCAGACCCAUUUUUGAAACAUUACUGUUGAAAGACUGUUGAAAUGCUGAGAAGAGUUUCCGCCCAACACCGUUCAUCACAAAGAGCCAGUGCAUCACGUCCUGCCCGUCACUAUCAAUCGUUGCCUUAAUGUUUUCAUAGUUGUUAAUUUUUUUUGUUCCAGAGCUGCUGUGCAGAACACAUUAGAACUUCAGAGAUGGUCCUGCUUUUUUCAUGAUUGGUCCUCAGUCUACAGAAAACCUACAAGCUUUAAGAUUGUAACGCGGCAGUAGGAGCCUCACAAGUACUGUAUCAUGCCAGUAAAAAUCUACUGUAGCUGUGGUAGAUUUAAUCGUUUUGAAUGGUUUUUAAAUGUAUUCAGAUUAAGGCACUACAAACCAAAAAAAGGUGAAUGAAAAAAAAAGCACUUUGUAGACGUACAGAAAUGCACAUUUCUUCAGUUUGGAUUGUGUUUAGUGAAAGUGUCUUUUUAAAAGCACAAUUAACACAACUUGUUAAGAUCAUUUCAUUUUUAAUAGGAAGUCUGGUUUAGUGAUUUCAUCACCAGAUCUAUGUGGAGUUGAUAUGGGUUUUUAAUUCCUAGGCGUUCUCUUGCUUGGACAUCACAUUUUGGGUUAUAUUACCACACAAGUUAAUUCUGCUUAACUGGGACUAUAUAAUAAAAGGCUUAUCAAACAGGAAAUUGGGUCUUAUGAGGUUAAGAAGCAGAUUUAACGUCAGAAGUUUUUGUCCUUUUGUCGCAGAAACAACUUUCAGUACUUGAAAUUGAUCAAAUAAGCUUCCCAGAUCUGUUUGACCUUUUUAGUCACCUUAAGCUCAUCUUUACGCAGCCGUUUUGUGUAUGAAUUACCUUUUUGAAACCCAUUUGAAUGGAGUGAAUCCCAAAACCAUCAGGACCUCAUUUGUUUGGACCUGAGACUGCAUCCGUGCCUCCCAAACGUCUUCUUUCGAGUGCUUACUGCACAUGACUUUGGUUGCCUUCAAAUUUUGUGUUAACAUUCAACAAAUAUCAUGUUUAGUCAGGAAAUACAAUCUUGUUCCUCAGGAAAUCAAACAUGUUGACUGUUUUGAUCAUAACGAAACGCAUUUAGUCAUUCAGAAAGGCAAAGACGUUUGAAAAAGCAAAGCUGAAGCAUUAAAGUAACUACGACUUUCCCCCAUCUGCAAAGAAAAAAAAAAAUAUAUAUAUAUAUAUAUAUAUUGCCUUUGUGCUGACACAGGGCUGUGGAACUGGAAAGACUCAUUGUUUUCUGCUGGAAGUCCUGAAAUAUGUGAAAAAAAUCCAACUUUAAGGAGAAAAAAAGGCUGAAGGAGAAGCUCCCACAAAGAGCAGCACAGGGAUGAACUCGACUUCCUUCUGGAUUUGCUAAACUUUCUUUUCAGAGGAAAAGUAGUUUAGCUAAAAUCAAGAGGAAGAUUUAAUUUAAGCACCAUAGACACUGAUGGGAAAAGACAUUUCAGAUGGAGUAGGCGGUAAUGAUGAUGGACUUGAUUCAAAAUCCACUUUCUCCACUAUAUUUAACACCCACCUUCUCAAGGGUGUCUGUUUGUGCCCUUUUGGGGUUUUAAAUUUUAUGUUUGUAAUGUUGUGAAUAAAUUAAGCUUUUACUGUC